CUUUUUUUGAGUUAUGGAGAAGUGGGAGGCUCUUCUAGAUUGCCUGCCGACGGUUCCUGACCAAAGGUAUUAUGGGAAGACCAUACAAACAGCUGGAGUUUUGCUGAAAGAAGAUUUAGCCACUUUUGAAACCGAAUGGAUAACCGAAACCCUUCUUCUAAAACCAAUAAACCUUCUAUCAGCUAUAAAAGCAAAUAACAACAAUAACUUAUGGAGCAUAGUUCUAACAGAUUUCUUCAAGUUGAUUUGCGAAUAUGUGGAACGGUGGAAGGAUGUUUUUGAAAAAUAUUUUGUGGACAUUGUUGAUAUCUGCUAUCUCACCCACACACCACAAAUUCGGAACUCCGCGAUUCAGUGUUUAACAAAAGUCGCACGCCUGUCGAGCGUCCCAGCUGCAGAUAUCGCGCGACAUAUCGCCAGUUUCGAACAAUCGCAGACCGGUCGCGCUCCGAUGGCUGUUUUAAUCGGUACAAUAUGCGAAUAUCACCCAGAAAUGAUUGCUCCAGAUGACGUUAUCUAUGUAUGGAGAAUUUACCUCAAUCAACUGGAUUCUAAUAAAAAUACUGAUACGAUAAACGCAGCUGUCCUUCAAGGUAUCUUAGGCUUGUUCAAACAUUUCGGCUGCAAUUUACCCACGGCUGAACUUAACGAGUUUUAUGAUAAACUAACUGGUGUCUUCAUUAAAAUCAAGAAGUGUGAACCUGUCUGUGUCGACAUCCUGACGUCUUAUGCCAAUCUUUUCGCUGAGCGUAUUACCCGUGACGCCGCUCUGAGACAUUAUUUAUGGUCGCACAAUCAUCACGUUGCGGCUCGCGCGUGCUCUAUGGUCAUCUGCAAUAGCAGAAACAACCAAAAUAUACAGAAUUUAGUCAAGGAGCUUCUACACCACGCUCAAUCAGCAAACUCCCAAACAAAGUACACAGCCCUUCGUGUACUACAAGACAUACAAUCGAAAUCGUCUAUUGUGUUUACGACAAACGUACAAACCGACGUACAAAAUCUUGAAUUUGAACUCAGAAGUGGAGCGGUGGAGUAUGAUACGGCAUUAGCAAUAUCCUACAGUAUAGAUUGUAAUCUACCCAACAGCGACAAGUUAUUACAGACAGCUAUCUUGUGCUAUGAUAAUCUACCGGCGAGUACGCGGAAAAGUACCGUUGCAUAUGGAAUCUUGAACGCCGCUUCUGAUAUUAGAAAUGGAGCCAUAAUUUUCCUAACCACCGAAACUAUACAAGAUGAAACAACAAUAGAAAAACAUCUGCCUCUUUGGAGAGAUCUCUUCGACAUGAAAGACAUUAAUGUCCUUGACAAAUGCAGAUAUAUCUUUGAAGAUUUCAUGACAUACGUUAUUGGUGUGUUGAAGCAACUCAUUGAAGAAGAGUGCGAGAAACCCCCAGAAAAACUCCACCACCUUCACACCCUGACAUCUCGAAUACUGACUAUGCACCACCCAGAAAAUUACACUCUGGACCUCUCAGCUGUUUACCUACCAUUACUUGUUGCUCUUAUACAGCAAUUUGGUUGCAUAGCAUCUGCAGUAGCAGCUGGAAGAGCUGCCUGUUUACAUUUGGAAGAAGAAAGCUGUAUACGAGAGUUCUAUAAGACAAUAUCUAUGGAUCGCUGCAAGGACGAGUCACUCCUUUGCGAAUCUUGUUUGGUUCUUAUUCACGCUCCACUUGGAACCGUUGACGAGGAAGACGUGUUAGCAGCUUUGCAGAUAACGUUCUCGAGAAACGACGUGGAACCAAGAAUUUUGUCUAAUGCGUUGCGGAGCUUCCAAAGUAUCAUUACGUCGAAGAAAGAUAUUUCGAUAAAUAAUAACAUAAGAGAGACCAUUAGCUUCAUCGAAAAACUACGCAAUCGUAAAGAUGUUUCGGGAAAAGAAGCCCGAGAGCUACAUAGAGACGUUAUCAUGUUCUUAGGCAAGUACGGCAACAAUUCAGACUUGAACAACAACAUAUGUUCAACCGAAAACAUGAUGAUUGCGAAAUUGAAAGAUAGUCUAUCGUUGAACAUACCGAAUCCUAUUGAUGGAGUCACAUACAAGUUAAACCUGCAAAGAAUUCUUCAACUGGCAAUCAUCCAUGAGGAACCUGAAGCGUUGCAGAAGUUGAUGACAAUUCUGAACACUUUUAUCGAAUGGUCGGAUCCUAUACCCGCCUCCAACAAUCUAAACGUAACCAUUGAAGCAUUAACACGAACGUCUCUGGAGAACAGACAUCGAAGCAAUAUAUUUGGGAAGCUCCAGGACACGUUGUCUGGUGUAUUGGAUAAGUGCGAGAAAGUUAACGUCGGCUGGAGUUUGUUGGAGCCUUAUGUCCAUGAUUCCGAAGCUACAAAAACCGUACAACUCCUCAUUCGGCUUACGAAAUCGAAAACCUACAUCCCAGAGCUGCUUCCCACGUUAUUAACACAAAUGGAGUCGCGGAGGAACUAUCCUGUGGCGAAGAUGGGGGAGCUCUUUGGGAGUGCGAUGGCUGUUAGUGAUUCUGUUGGAGUAGACACGUCGAUACUAAAUCGUUGGAAGAAGCUGCUGGUCUCCUUACAUAGGGAUAAACCCAGUGAAUAUGUAACAAUGGUAUACAAUGCGCAGAGGAUGUUUAAGGAAUGCUGUGAUGAAGAUCAAUUUAGAAAAAUAACUGACCUAACACAAAAAUUACAAAACAGAGACAAAGCCAAAUGCCUUCUGAUCCUGUCGACAUAUAUAUCACAUUCCCAAUCUGAAUACAUAAAAGAAAUGUUUGAGACUAUCGAAUUAUCAGAGCUUAUACUUAAUGAGAGCGUUGAAGCUCUUAGCGUCGCUAAAGAAGGUAUCUUCAAGAUGGAGGAAGGUUUGAAAAGAAGGUUCGUUAUCCAGACUAGUGGAUUGUGCCAGCAUUCAGAUUGGAAGAUCAGAGAAGCGGCUUUUGGUGUUAUUGUAAAAGCUUUUCAAGACCUCUUCAGGACCACAGAACAGCACCAGCCAAAAAAACCACGACACACAUCCACGAAAAUACUCCAGACAAUAAACACUGAUGACAUUUAUGUCAAAACAGUUAUGUCAGCUAUUGGUCUAGGUUUGACAGAUCGGAAUGACAGUAUUGCCAAAAGUGUUAUCACAAUUGUGGAAGGAUAUCUUCAUAAAGAUGACUGGGCUGUAAGAUUCACAGAGUGUAUAUACCUAACGAUAUAUCAGCCAGCAACAACGGACAAAGCGGUCCAGUUGACAGCAUGUGCAACAGCGAUGUUGGAUUUGGUGUUCUUUCAGCUGAGAUCCCAUGAGAGGUUCAAGCUGUGUCGAUUAAGGGAUGAUCCGGUGGAGUUCAGGAACACGAUAAGUGGUCCAUCGAAGCUUCUAACGAUGAGUAGAACCUAUCAAGGUACCUUCAGAACACAAGCAUUGACGAGUAGAAGAAGGAACGCUGCAUACAGACAAGUACAAAACACACCGGAUAUAGACGUGCAAAUAACAAUCGAUAGCAUUCUGGAAUCAAUUCUACAAUUUGCCAAGAACACCCCAGAAGCUUCUCAGGCACUCUGCGUUCAGUUAUCGAAAUGCAUACAACGUCCGGGAUUCGAUUUCGGUCCAAACAUGUCUAUAUUGCUCUAUGGUGUACUCAAAAACGGCACAAGUGAUCUGACGCCUUUGGUUUUGGAGUUGUGUAGGGUGUUUGUUGGAGACGUGUGGAAGGUUAAUGGUUUCUCAACCGCACUCUCAAACCUGCUACUAACUACAAAAUCAACAGAAGCCGAACAUAUUGUUAAAGUUAUAUACGAAGAUGCAUUAUUGAGAUCGAACGACGACUCAGUUGUGUUGGGCAAUAACGAAUACGUGAAUGACGUUUAUAUGGACGAGAACAAGCCUUUUAGUUUGGAUGAUCUAACGUCAAUGUUCAACAAACUGUCUAACUGGGACAAUCUGACCAUACAACAGAAAAGAAAUAUUGAGCAAUCUGGAAUACCUACUUUGUGGGCAGAUGAUGAUGUUUUCAAAACUGCAUUGGAGAGUUAUACAGGUACAGAAGGAUGGUUCUCCAAAAUGGUGUCCGCCUAUAAACACGAAGACCAGCAAAACGCGAUGAAGUGGCUCAAAGAAAUGGACAGGUGGCCAAGGCGACACUUCGCCAUAUCUGCUGUUAUUGAAGCUAUACAAUGGCAAACAGAAGAAAAAACCUUCACGUGCAACAUUCUACCUUCAGAUUGUUUAGCCGAAUGGGCGGCAAGGUUUAUGAUCAGAUCACUAUUCUUCUCCACGCAAGCCGACUCAGAAAUGUCACUGUCGGGACAAAACAUGCAGUCUCGCUCACACGAACUAUCCUGGUGUAAACGAGCAAACGAGAUGGCGCUACCUUCUCUAGCUCUGGAUUGUGUUAAAAGGAACGCCACAAAUCUUUACGAAGACGAAACUCUUCCAUGGUUGCACGAAAAAUUGUCUGCCCUCAGAGCAGUUGGUUUAAGAAAAAACGACCAUGACAUCCUGAGAAAAGCGCUUCAUAAUGCUGAGACCAAUACACCAAAAUUUCUACAUCAAUCCACUCCAGCAGCUAUAAUAGCAAUGAAAAAAUUAAUACUACAACUGAAUUGCGAUCUCCAGUCAACGUCUGUUGAACAAACGGAUGACAUAUUGGAGGAAAUAAAUGCAUAUACAAGAGAUUGUACUGGAAAUAACGAUUUAAAUCAUUUGUACGAUAUAUCUGUUAUUAUUCUGGAUAACAUUUGGCAAAAUUCUGACACAUCUCAACAUAACGAACUUCUGUCUACAAUGUCGAACAUCCUAGACCGAGUUACAGGCCAGUUCAGGCGCGAAAUGUUCCUAAAUGUCAUUCUGAAUAGACUGGAUGAUUAUUGCGACACGUUGCCUGAACAUCUAGCCAAAAAGUUACUGGACGUGAUUCAAACAAUUUCUCCCGACGAAUUCACAACCAAUCAUCUGCUGAAACUGACAAAACUAUUCCCCACUCACUUGCCCCCGCUUUAUUCCUUCAUGAGUGAAAGGAAUAACAACAGUCUGUUGAAGUAUAAGAAGUGCCUACAACUUAUUUGCGACCCUGAGUACACGCUGUUUAAAUAUUGCGAGGCGUUAUUGCAUUCUUUGAGUGCUUACGAUCCCGAUAAAUGGACAAAGUUAUUUGAUAAUAUGAAACAAAAAAUCUUCGAGAAUCCACACAAGGGAUCCGAUUAUCUACUGCUUACGAAAUACAAGGAGAAAUUGUACGAGCUCUACGAUUACGUACCAAUUCCGUCAGUAAAAGCACCAACAGAAAAAGCCCUAAAAGAUCUCCUUCGUCAGCUGCAUAAUGCCGAACCGAGAACAGAACUUCGACUAUCCCAGCUGUGUCCACUAUUGGGCGAGAGAUGUGAGGACACAGAUGUGUAUUUGGCGAAGCUGCUAGGUUUGAAACCGGGUUGUUUUGUUGUCAAGUUUGAUGAACAGGUACCAGUGUUUACAGACUCGAUCCGGCGUCCAAUAAUCCUACGCGCCCUUCUCACUAAUGGCACGUAUAAGAAUUUUAUGAUAAAAAGCGGUGAGCCGUUAAUCACCGACGCAGCUGCUCAGAGGGUUGUGAGACAUGCUGGUUUGAUGUGGGAAGAGAAAGUUGGUCAGAAUUAUGUCGUCAGUUAUAAGGUGACACCACUAAGCGAUGAUUGCGGAUUAAUAGAGUAUCUUGAAGACCAUGACCGAUUAAGGAGUUUGAUAUCAAAUGCGCGUGAUUUGGGCACAGAGUAUGAUGCCUCCGUCGCAAGAAUACGACGUCCUGAUGACUCUGAACUCCUCCUUUCCCCUGUACCGUCUCUUGUCCAAAAACACAACCAGCUGAGGUCUUUAGUCCCGGCGUACACGCUGCGCGAUGCCAUCUUGCAAACAUGCGUUAGCAUUCAGGAGUUCGUAUCGAAGAGAGAGCAGUUUCAAAAUUGUUUAGCUGGUGUCACUGUCCUUGGAUGGAUUUUGGGUGAGAACACUGAGACAUAA